GACACGAGAGGGAGGAGACGUCUUUUCUCGCCGUCCGGAAGUCAUGGAGGCCCCUGUAGAAACAGACACAGAGGAUGGAAGUGAUGAAUCUGUGACAUCUCUGCCAGAUGACAGUGACGAUGAGGUCGACAUCAAUAUUCACUUCCACUGCGAGCAUUGCAUCCGAAUGUACAGGUGUCACGAGCGUCCCAAACCCGGCUGGAGCUGCGAGGUGGAGCUUUGUCCGAACAGAUGCGGCCAAAAAUUCCACCUUUGCAAACUUGAGGAGCAUCGCUUGAUGUGCACCCAUGAACGCGUGCCUUGUAUAAAUGCUGGCUAUGGAUGCCCCCUCUGGAUGCAGCGAAGGCUAAUAGCUGAACACCUGCCUGUGUGUCCAGCCUCAGUGGUUAUCUGUAAUGCAGAGUGGAACCGCUGGGCCCUGGGAGCCAAGGAGAGGGAGAAAGUGUCAAUGUCAAAAGGAUUAAUAGCUCUGUACAACACCAAUGACCUGGACAUGUCUCUAGCUCUGCGUGAUCAGGAGCUGGUGAAUGAGAUGCUGACAAUGCCGAAGAGACUACGCAACACCUUGUGCAACAGAAUCACCCGACGCUUCCCAGCUCUGCCCCUGACAGUAAGAGGAUCAAGGCACGAGACUAUCGAUGAACGCUCUGGGUCUAACAAGCUCUCGAGACAGUCAACCGAUGAGGAGGAAGAUGGCCUCACACCAGGUCUUUCUGUGUCUGUGUGCACUGAGCUUUUGCGCGGGAAGAAGCAGGUUUUAUCUUUGGCUAGCGAGGUUCGGGGGUCCACCACAUCCUCCUCCUCCACUACCACCUCCACCACCACCUCCACCUCCUCCACUACCACCACCACCACACCCGAACACCCUGAUCUCGAAGCCGCUGCCGCUGCUGUCGAAGGCGAGAGCGCUGAGAGCAGUGACGCUCACUAUGCUAAAAGGCAGCAACUGCUGAACACGGAUGACAUAUCAGCCUUCUGCUGCACCCACGGCAUCCUGAAGAAUCUCUGCUAUCUCUGUAAAGGGGACCCUGACCAGCCCACCUACAAGAUGGGCAAAGUGUGGAGGGAGAGAGUCUCCUGUAAGAAGCCUGGAGAGAUGGUGUGGAAGCAGGAACCAUGUGUUGAAAAGGUUAGGAAGAGAAAUCCCCGUGGGCAGUUUGUGUACAUGAAGUAUGAUGAGGCUGAGGCAGAGGAAGAGGAGGAGGAAGAGGGGUCCCUGGACAAAAUGAUCAUUGAUGAUCAGGGUCGACCGGUGGGCAGAGCCAGGUUCAAGACGCCCCCUCCUGUCCCCCUGACGUCCAAGGCCCUCACCAUGGAGCUGCCGCUUAAGCACUACUCAAGACAUCAGAGUAAACCGAGGGCAAUGUUCACCUUCCAGUGCAUGCAGGAAGUCCGUCGGUGUGAGUACGGCAGCCACUACCAGAACUGCCACAGUGAGAUUCAGGAGGGAUUGGAUGGCUGGAUCCUGCAUAGGUGUCCACUGCACGUCCUAGGAUGUCCUUAUGUCUGUAACCGCCUUCACCCAGGCCGAACGGAUGGAGAUGUCAUAUACUGCCGUGACCUCCAUGCAUUUGGAAUCCGGCCUGUGCUGGAGUACGAACCAGCUCCCUGUGGAGGUCUCCCAAGAUCACGGUCACCAAGUGUGGAGAAGACGACCUCCGCUUUCGGCCAGUUGAGCCUCUUGCACUCCCACAAGGCCAUGAAGGCUAUCCCGGAGCACCACCGGACUAAGAACUGUGAAAGGCAGUACUACGCAUCGAGCACAAACCUAACCUACUUACCCAUAGAGGUUCUACAGCUUAUUGCCAGUUAUUUGGAUGGAUUCAGCCUCAACAACCUUUCACUUACCUGUCGAUUAAUGCGCGACGUGUGUCUCUCUCUCAUUAACGACCGAGGCCUUGUUAUUCUGGAAUGGGUGCGCUACAUUGAGGGCGACAAAGUACGAUGGAAAGAGGGAAGGAAGCGUCGCUUCUUCAGCAAAUCUUUUGAACAUGUUAAUCAUUGGGGCUUCAAAAAUGUUCCUCACAUGGCAGACCACUUGCAGAAUUGCCCAUUUAACAAGAGAUACAUCACCAAGGACACAUUUGCAUAUAUCCUGCCAAGUGAAGGUGGAAAGUUGUUAAGGAAAACAUUAAGAAAUGUUACAUUUUGACCGCAGUGAUGUAGACAGCAAUUCCAUAGGCAAGGCUGGAUGAAAAAGGGAACUGCAUUGUGCAUUUUGUAUG